GAAUGCGACACACUCUGUAUUUACAGCCUAAACCUAUAGCACUUGUUUUUUUGUGCGUAUUUUUUUUUAAAGUUCGUUGGUUGUAACCGGCUCUGUUUUCCUGUUUACUUUAAUGGAGUAGUAGCGACACUUCCGACGUUUUAACCGAGUUUAAUUUCGUGGAAACAACUUUUGUUCUACGGGGAGUCUGUUUUUCCUCAGCCUCGACAUGAGAUCAGGUGGAUAGUGUGCUGCCCCCGGCUAGAAGAGUUCCCGAGAAUAGACGUCUGAUGCUAGGCUGCAGCUGCCUCAGCCGCCACCAUGUUCACCAAAAAGAAGAAGUCGCGUAUCCAGAUCUCCGCUCCAUCUAACUUUGAGCAUCGCGUGCACACAGACUUUGACGAGCAGGAGCAGAAGUUUGUUGGAUUGCCACGACAAUGGCAGUCGCUCAUCGAAGACACCGCCAAAAGGCCCAAACCCUUCAUCGACGCAACUGUCAUCACGACUGUAGAGCCACACAAGACAAUCGUACGUGGCAACAAGAUGGCGGUGGACGGCUCUUUGACAUGGCUGCUGGAUGAGUUUGACACCAUGUCUGUGAUACGCUCCAACUCCCUGCGACGAGGCAGCCCACCCAUCCAGCCUCGCAGGGACUCCAGUUCUUCAGGGGGAGGAGUGCAGGAGAAUGGAGAUCCUCACCAGAGACACCCAGACAGACAAGACAGAGAUGGAGCCAGACGAGACCACCGGAGUGGAGGUGACCCCCAUCAGGGGCCGCGAGCGGUCCAUCCAUCUCAAAGGGAUGAAGGGCAACAGGCGCGGCCUCAGCAGCAGCCACGAGGCCAAGAGCCCCGCAGGGACCGACCAGACUCUGGCCCUCCUCCUCCCCCACACAGAAACAGACCUCCACGGGACCAGGAGCAGGUGGUUCCCAGGGAUCAGCCCAGUGAUCACAGGCCAAAGUCAAGCUACGUGGCACGGGAUGGCAGCCCUCAGUCUCCCAGGGACAAGAGGCCUCUCUCUGGACCCAACAUACGCACCCCAAACCUGCCAGUGACUGAGGGGGUGAUAAAGACUGCCCAGCAGGCCGCACGGCCAUUUAACACCUACCCACGCACAGAGAGCGAAGGCGGACGCAGCCCCACUGGACAGCCGGUUCGACACCAUGAGUCCUCCCCUCAAAACGGCCCCUCUAGUGGCUCAGCUCAAGGGUCUUCCAGCUCCAAGCCCCCUAUAAGCCACCCGCACCCUCAUCACACUUCCCACCCCAGCCUGACCCCCGAGGCCACCCAGCAUCCGCAUACCCCUCACCCGAACGUUCCAGCCCCACGGCCCCCGCUGUCUUCUGGGCCGCCGGCAUCAGGUGCUCAGCCUCAGGGCUGCUCACCGCAGAGAGAGCCCCAGAGGGUUUCCCAUGAGCAGUUCAGAGCGGCGCUACAGAUGGUGGUGGAUCCUGGCGAUCCACGAACCUACCUUGACCACUACAUUAAGAUAGGGGAGGGGUCCACGGGGAUAGUGUGUAUUGCUACAGUGAAGACUACAGGGAAACUGGUUGCUGUGAAGAAGAUGGACCUGAGGAAACAGCAGCGCAGGGAACUCCUCUUCAAUGAGGUGGUGAUCAUGCGGGACUACCACCAUGAGAAUGUGGUGGACAUGUACAACAGUUACCUGGUGGGAGACGAGCUCUGGGUCGUCAUGGAGUUCCUGGAGGGAGGAGCUCUCACUGACAUCGUGACACACACCAGGAUGAACGAGGAGCAGAUUGCCACAGUGUGUCUGUCCGUCCUGAAGGCAUUGUCUGUCCUGCACACACAGGGUGUGAUCCAUAGAGACAUAAAAAGUGACUCCAUCCUCCUCACUCAUGAUGGCCGGGUGAAGCUGUCAGACUUUGGUUUCUGUGCCCAGGUUUCUAAGGAGGUGCAGAGGAGGAAGUCUCUGGUUGGGACGCCGUACUGGAUGGCACCAGAGCUCAUAUCCAGGCUGCCUUAUGGACCGGAGGUGGACAUCUGGUCUCUAGGCAUCAUGGUCAUAGAGAUGGUGGACGGGGAGCCGCCGUACUUCAACGAGCCGCCGCUCAAAGCUAUGAAGAUGAUUCGAGACAACCUGCCUCCCAAACUGAAGAACCUGCACAAGGUCUCUCCUCUGCUCAAGGGCUUCCUGGACAGGAUGCUGGUGCGAGACCCAGCUCAGAGGGCCACAGCCAGCGAGCUUCUCAAACACCCCUUCCUGACGAAGGCGGGUCCACCGUCCUGCAUCAUCCCUCUGAUGAGGCAGAACAGAAUGAAAUGAGACAUGUGACACUAACACCUCUGGAUCCUGGGGGGGGGG